GAUUGGUCAGACGACGACUACUUCCCAAAUGAUUUUAGUAUUAGCCGCCUAUCCCGGAAUGGAAUAGAAAGAACGCGAAGCGCUAGCGCUACAGGGUCGGUUUUUUUGGGGGGAUAGGCUUGUGAAGAAGUAAGCUUAUCCCCGCCCCGACCGGCAGCUGCUAGGUUUCCCCAUCUCUUCUAAACUUCCCCCGGUCUUCGGCCCGAGCUGUAUGAGGCAAAAACUCGUCCCACGUACGGUUCGGAGGCCGAGCCCCACCCCAGCAGUAAGGGUGCGGCUUAGGUCAACUAACACAAAAAAGAUACAGUUCACUCAACGAUUGCCUUUGGGUUCCGAACUCCAUAUGGGGAAGGAGCGUUGUUGUUUGCGAGGUCUUGAUCAUUUACAUGGACCCACUUUUCAUUCCAUUUGUGGGAAUUUGAUGAUCUAUAAACCGUCCCUAACGAGCGAUCGGCUCAUGUUUGAGCAUGAUCAAUCACUUCGUGCCGACCUGUUGCCAAUCCACUUUCCGGCCUCAUAUGAGAAUGGAAACCUGGAGCAUUUUAUCCAUCGGUGGAUGAAGAAUCGCGAACAUAAUAAUUUCUGGUUGACCAUGUUCCCAGAAAAAAGAUACUUUCGAGAAAGGACGAGCACGACUGAAGUGGCUAUACAUACAAAUCUAUUUACGGAUCUAUAUGCUUCGAUUGGAACUGGAAGUUCCAGAACAGGUGGCUGGUAUACCACAAUAAUCAAACUUCCUUUUCUUUUUUUUAUUCGGAUCGGAUUUCUGUUGGCUUCGUUGGGAGGCUCGCGUAGUUUGUUACGUCAGCUCCAAAAGGAUAAGUUGCGUUGGAAUUGAUAAAGUUCCGUGGAGUUCAUAAUUGCAUAAAAGGAGUCAAAGUAGUGGCUGCGGCGCGUUGAGGCACUUCUUCGACGGUCCCCGUACGCCCGGCCUGCCGGCCCGCUCUGAAGAAUUCAUGAUUUAUAUAUGUUUCAGGCCGGUGAGAGGGAGUGCGGAAUAAGGAUUGA